UGUGCCAACUGUCGUGAAAGCACAUUGACGCAGAAAGCCUCGAGCAGGACGCUAAUAUGUCAGUCUUAUUAUUUGUUCUCCAGUUUGAAAUAUUUACGUCGUAUAAAAUACAUAUUUGAUUCUUUAGUAAAGGAUAAAGUCGUCUCAAUGCGCUAGAAGCACUGUGCACUCGUGCUAUCUUUGCUGGUUAGUUAGCUUAGCUCGCUAGUUAGCUCAGCUUGUUAGCUGCUAACAGAAGGCACAAAAGUUAUCAACACAUCGCUAAGUAGAGAUCAAGUGUGAGAGUAAAGUGUUGUGAUUGUGUGAAAAUGUCUACAUUACAAAUUUUGAGAACGUUGGUCGAUCGGCGACUAACUGCUGCCGUUGAAGAAAUAUUUGUAGUGUUAGAAAGAACGAUAGCGGAAUACGAGGCGGAACUUUCUAGAACAAAAGAGGAUUACAAUCAACUACUGGACGCUGUUGUCAAGAAACAUCAAGUUGUGUUACACAGAACAGACCUCGAUGAAGAACCUCUACUUCAUGAGCAGGAAGAGGAACCGCAGUCACCCAACAUACAUGAGGAAGAAGAGGUUUCACAGCCCCCCCACAUUAAAGAGGAAGCAAUGGAACACAACAUCAGUCAGGAGGGAGAUCAUCUUGAAGGACUGGAGGAGUUCCCAGUGACUGGUGUCCCUGUGAAGAGUGAAGAUGAUGAGUUCAAAGGUGAAAGUGAGGAGAGCGGAGGGGGGGAGCCUCCAAGCAGCAGCUCAACACAACACAUGACAACAGAAGCUGAUGGAGACCACUGUGGAGGAUCACAAGCAGACAAGCUCUUAGCUCCACUAUCAGAUAGUGAGGACACAAUGUCACACUCUCCUGACACUGAUGAUGAAGACUCUAAAGAUGAUAAGACAUGUCACACUGACAACACUCACUUGAAAUGUUCUUACUGUGACAAAAAAUUCCGUUACCGUUCUUAUCUGAAUAGACACAUGAGAAUACACACUGGAGAAAACCCUUUUACCUGUUCACGCUGUAGUAAAGGUUUUGCACAAAGUCAAAAUUUGAAAGUGCACAUGAGAACGCACACUGGUGAAAAACCUUUUAUCUGUUCAAUCUGUGGUAAAGGUUUUACAGAAAGUCAGAAUUUGAAAAGACACAAGAGAAUACACACUGGUGAAAAAUCACAUUCCUGUUCAAUCUGUAGUAAAUAUUUUGUACAAAGUCAACAUUUGAAAGUACACAUGAGAACACACACUGGUGAAAAACCUUUUUCCUGUUCAAUGUGUGAUAAAGGUUUCACACAAAGUCACCAUGUGAAAGUACACAUGAGAACACACACCGGUGAAAAACGGUUUUACACAAAAUCAGUGUUUGAAAAGACACAUGAGAAUACACACUGGUGAAAAAACAUAUUCCUGUUCAAUCUGCAACAGAAGCUUUUGUGACCAAUCAAACCUUAUAAGACACAUGAGAAGACACACAGGAGAGAAAGUGUUGAGUUGCAGUGUGUGUGGUGAAAGAUUCUCUUCUAAGUACCAGUGUAAGAAACACAAGUGUGCUGGUGAGAACAGCAGCAGCAAAUGAAACUGCAGGAUUUGAAAUAAACUGUCAAGUCUUUAAUUUUGACUUUCUAACAACAUCAGCACAUACAACAUGUGUGACGUUGUUUGUGUAACAAUCUUUUUAACAUGGUGCGGCAUGGCGUAGUGGGUAGAGCAGCCGCCCCGAAACCUGAGGGUUCCUGGUUCGUUUCCCACCUAUUGCUAUCUAAAAUAUCGCUGCCGAUGUGUCUUUGAGCCGGACAUUUCACCCUUUGCCCCCGGUGCCGCUUACACUGCUGAAUAAAUGAUGAAUGAAUGAUAGGUGGUGGGAGGGGCCAUAGGCGCAAACUGGCAGUCACGCUUCCGUCAGUCUACCCCAGGGCAGCUGUGGCUACUGAUGUAGCUUACCACCACCAGGUGUGAAUAAAUGUUGAGUCCCAGUUCUCUGAGAACGCUUUGAGUGUUUAGAAAAGCGCGAUAUAAAUCUAAGUUAUUUAAUAUGCAUCUACAUUUAUAUAUUAGAAAUUCUAUAUUGGUGCUUUUUUUGUCAAGUACAUGCAUUAAUAUGUAACAUUGUGUACUUUUAUCAAAAAUGGAAAAGAACAAUUUGAAAAGGUGAGAGUAAAGAGUGUAAGACAUAUUUUACAUACCCGUAAACAUUUUAUGUGUAUAUAUAUAUUCAUCAGACAAUUUUAGACUUAUUCAUAAUAGUGUUUUUAUAGGUGUUUGAAAUAUUGAAGUGUUACAUAUUUUUAUUUCUAAUUGUUAAUAAUUCCAUAGAUUAGCACCUUUAUAUGUUAUACAUAUGUACUGGUUCACAUCUGAAACAUCUUCUGGACCACUUCAGGAAGCAUAUUAUUAUUUACUUUAUACAUCAUUUGAACAGUUGUCUUUAAUAUAAUUUUAAAAUGUGUGACUUUAUGAAUCAUUUGUUGGGUCUCUAUAAUCCGUUUUAUUAAUUAUCUUUAUUGCUCUCUUUUGUAAUAUGAUGAUUGUGUUAUGAUUGUUUUAUACUUUAACUUAAUAUGUAUGUACUCAGACCUUUAUGCAAUAAAAAGUGAGAGAAAA